GUCUCCCUUGAAACGGGUCCACCCUCUGUUGGCGCCGCCGUUGCCGCAUCCGUCCCCUGUCUCCCUCUUUCUCUCUCUCUCUCUCUCUCUCUCCGGGGAUCCCAAUCCGCCUUCCGUCCCUUCUCCGCGUCCACGCUUCACACCCUUUUCCGAAGCCGGGGCGCAGUCACCGCGAGAGCCUUCAGCCAACCGUCUCUGGCAGGAGCUCGUGAAACAAGACGAAAUCCACGAUGGUGGGUGGUGGCGACUGUAAGGUUGCUACCGUAGAGGUAGAGGCGGCCUCCGGAGGCGACAACACGGCGACACUUCCGGUUACCAGGCCCCUCAAUCCGCAAAAUUCACCGCCGAAUGCACAGGACAACGCCGAGAAGAACAACGCCGCGAACAAAGAAAUGGAACUGAAGAAUGUGCGAUCUACCCCGGCGAAAAAAACGUCACUCUUCAUCAUCAUGAGCUUCAUCUAUUCGAAGCUGCUCGUAGUCGUGUGCAUCGCUUACGUGAUAAGCGAAGUAGUGACGCAUAAAUUGCCGUUGUACUAUUACGAAGGAUUCUUUACAUACCUUUACGGCAUGAGUAUCCUGUUCUUGCUCUAUGUCUUCUGUUUCCUCCUUCAAGAGAGUGCUUGCUGCGCGAGAGGAAGCGAUACGCCGCCACCACCUCCGCGACCGCCCAAAGCUGGCUGGGCUCCUAAAGAACCCAAAGACAAGAAUAAGAAAAAGGAUAAGAAAGAAAAAGAUCAGAAGCAGGAUAAGAAGAAGAAAGAUGCAUCGACUCAGGAUACAACCGAUGUUGAAGCUGCCGUUCCUACGCGAGUCUUGCGAAAACGAAAGACUUCGCAAAGUGAUCACAGCCAUGGGAGCUUUUUCCUCAGAAUUGGUGCAAUAGCGUUUGGACUUGGUACUAUGGUGCACAACGGUUUGGAAUUCGGUACGUUCUUCGAGGUACCACCUACAUCACCCUGUUAUCAAAUUCUGCAAGGCGUCAAUCCGGUGUUGCAAAUGAUCUUCACUUUUAUGCAGAUGUACUUUAUCUUCAUGAACUCUCGAUUGAACAUUCAUCGCUUUAAAGUCGUCGCUCGCUUCGGUUUGAUGCACGUGGUCGCGACAAAUCUCUGCGUAUGGAUACGCACGUUGGUUCUAGAGAGUCUCAAGGAGAUUACUCAGUAUAAAAAAAAACUAGGCCAAUUUGAGGAGGGAUUUCUCAAGACCCUCAAACAGCAGUCAAUGCGAAAUUCAGAGACGACGAUAAUGGGAACCGAGUCGCGCGAUAUGGCGCAAUUACGCGAGUUUCCUUUUACGAGAUCAACAACCGUUGCGUCGACCGUCAGCAGCACAGUUGUGACAGUCGGCACUGCUCUGGGUCGUGUAAUGACAACGACAGCGAGAUCAAUAGCGGACGCGUUUACCUCACCGUCUACAACAUCCACCUCAACCACUUGGACGAGCCCGUCGACUACUUCCUUCGCGUUGCCUAAUCUGACAACCACCACGGCGACGACUUUGUCCACUCUAUUGACCACGUUCACACCGUCGACUACCAGUACCACCACCCCUACUACCACCACCACCGAGAAGGUCACCACUGUCCCGACUACAACGAGCACGAGCACUACCACAACUCUCACACCGUCCACUACCACGUUAUGGUCGCAGAUGAUAGAACUACUAAACACCGCACCACAGAGUGACAUAGACAACCAAGUACCGCAACUCUUUGAUAUGAGCAAUUUGACGAAUAGCAGUGAAUAUUGGAAUCCGAACUUAAGUAUCUACGCGGAAGCCCUAACGGAGAAUCGUUCGGUGUCCAAUUCAUGCGGACGCAUUAAUAUCAUGGGAACCAUUGUCCAGGACGCGGCGCCAUAUCUAUUUCCGUUCAUAAUCGAAUACAGUUUGAUUGGAGCAGCAGUGAUCUAUGUGAUGUGGAAACAUAUCGGCCGACAUCCGCGUUGGCCUCAUCUGGCAGCGGCUGAUCUUGAACGUCGUCUGGAGGCUAUGCUAACUCGAAGAGCUGUUGCUCUUGCUCAUGCAGGUAGUUUUUCUUUCCACAUAAUAAUCUUUUUUUUAUCUGCCUUGCUAGAAAUAAAAACACAAUAUUCCAUUUGUUUGAGAAUCGAGUUAUCAUAAAAGAUAUUAUCAGAUCAAACUAGGGUCGACUGCGUUGGAGCAAGCAAAGGUCUCUUCUUUGGUCUACUUCUUCUGGUCGGUUCCCUGAUAUGCCUGAUACUGUUCUUCGUGCUGAUCCAUCAUCCAGAGUUUGGAUUGCUUGCGAUUUAUCUCGCUGACGUGUCUCACUGCGUCAUAAUGGCGUUAUCAAUUAUCGCAAUAAUCAUCGGCUUCAUUCGCGUGCAGAACCUCAAGUUCAAGGCCGAGGAGCAAAGCGACCUCAACGACAUUCUCCUGCGCGUCUCUGCUUUUGGUCUCUUCGUCUACGCCGUCUUCAGUGUAAUCGCCGGUUCCCUGGCGGCCUUCACGCAUGAGCCGAAUUUGCUGGUGAUGGUGACGGGAAUACUUUCAGUCGUCCAAGUGAUCCUUCAGAUGCUCUUCAUCGCAGAUGUGUCGCGCAGGCGAGUUCAUCUGCCAGAACACGAUCGCAGCAAGCCCGGCAGACAGGUGGUUACUUUCCUGCUGAUUUGCAACGUGAGCAUGUGGGUGAUCUACACUUUCGAGACCCGGAAAGUUGACGCCAAUCCGGUGCAGCUUGACUUCUACGGAUUCCUCGCUUGGGCUAUUGUGCAGAGGGUCACCUUGCCACUGUGCAUCUUCCACAGGUUCCACAGCGCUGUGACGCUGGCUGAGAUCUGGAAAACUAGCUACAAGGCGCGUCUGGAGUAGACGAGCGGGAAGUCCCGUCAUAGUCAAUCGUCCGGAGUGGUCGUCGGUUGGAACGAAAGAGCGAGCACAAGCAGGUCAGGAUGUUCGACGACCUCGAUCACAUACAUCGAUUUCAGGUCUCGAGAAAAAAGGUGAGGAGAGAGAGAAAAAGAGAAAGAAAGAAGUGGGAGGAAGGUCGACGGACGGAAAAAUUGCAAAAUGACGGAUCAGCCGGAAUAAACGAACGUAUACGGGGUGUCUGACACGCUCGUCGCACGAAGAAAUCUUUGGAUGAUAUCCAAGUCGUUGAUAAUUGUUAAACAGUUCCAAGAAUUCAAGUUGGAAGUUGAAGAUAUAUCUCGUUGAGAAACCCUUUAUCGACAUCUGAAGAGGCACUUCAGUGAUACAAUCAAGAUCGAUCUAAGAUCCUCGAAGAGGAGCUUUCGCGUAAAGUGGAGCCAGAUAUGAUCGUGCCGAAAACUAUUUCUUUGUCUCCUGUUUUAUGUAUACGUUGUAUUUU